GAUGACAUGAGCGAUCAGUGCAGCCUCACACAGGCCGGCCUCGAAGAGUACAACAUACGCGCCUCAUCCUAUUACGAUCAGCCAGCGAUGUUGUUCCAUCAUCAAAAGCAAUCGUCGUAUGCACAAUCGGAGGGUUAUCACAGUUAUGUCUCCAGUUCGGAUUCCAGCUCGGCCACACCAUUCCUGGACAGAUUACGUCAGGAAAGCGAGAUGUUGUCACGCCAAUCCUCCCACCAUUGGUCGCAGAACGACUUGUCCUCCGUUUCAUGUGCCUCGAUGGCACCCUCUCCCACCCCACUGCUGCUCGCCACUAUAGGUCGUGAUGUAGCGCUCACAGGCGGUAGUAGCGGCAGCAAUCAACAGCAACACAAUAACAGUUCGGAAAGCACUUCAUCAACGGAGACCCUAAAAUGGUUGGGUUCCAUGAGUGACGUGUCCGAGGCAAGUCAUGCCACUGGGUAUUCGGCCAUCUCAGAGUCGGUUUCCUCGUCGCAACUGAUUGUGCAUAGUUCGCGCGUUUUGACCCCCAAACGACAUCACAGCGAAAGCGUACUGUAUCUGCACGACGAGUCCCAGCAGCCGCAACAAGCGCAGCCGCCACUAAUAUCGUCUGCGCAACAGCACUCGCCGAGCGCACCCAAACAGAUCAGUCCAACAUUGUCCGCGCGCGAACGCACACACUCGCCCACACGGUUGAUGGCGCAAAACACCGCGUUGCUUCCGAAUCAUCGCCACAGUCCAAGUUACCCGCCUGUACACGCCACCGCCGCCAUGCAUCCCUAUCAGCCACAUCCGCAGUAUGCAGUACGUCAGCAGCCACAAUCACUCGCGCAUAAAUUACCUGCUGCCGCACCACUUGCAGAUGCGCUACCCAGUUCCUUGAGUGCGAGCGUUACUGACGGCUGCAAUCUUAGCACACACGCAUCCGCGAAAACGUCGCCGCUGGUGAGCGCGCUAAAAGCAACAGACGACGGCGGCAGUGAUGUGGCAGCACCACCGCCAUUACCAACACAAAAUACAAGCAUGUCUGUGACAAAUACGCAAGCGGAGGUGGAAGCGCUCACUUCCGCGCUUGCAUCCCACUCGCCUGCCAUAGCGCCGAAGCCAGUUGUCAUCAGCAGCAGUGCGACCAACGCCAUUGUGGAAGUAAUCGCUAUUGGCGCGGGCCCAGUUGGUGGCGCGUCGCUUUCGCCUGGCAGCGCUAAUUCGCAGCUGAACACGUCCACAACUUCCUUAGCGUCCGCGGUAUCGUCGGCAUCCGCGCAACCAUCGCACUCCUACCGCAGCAAUCACCGUCUAUUUGCUGUGAGCACCUAUACCGAAAAGGUGCACAGCAACACCUCGCAAUUUGUGCUGCAUCCGAAGCCGCAGUAUAGCGCUGGCUUGCAGAAGCCGGUGCAGCAACAGCAGCAGCAACAACAACAACAACCGCAGCUGCUUCAGAAGCAGGCGCAGCAGACGGCAACAUCAGUGGCGCUGGCAACAAAAUACUUGGCGUCUCCAACCAGUCCUCCUCAGCCAAGUUGGCAGUCGGUCGCUGAGCUGAUAAACGACUUCGAGCGCACCAAAAACGAACCACAGCUGCAGAAGUAUACCUAUAUGGACCCGAGUAAGACACAUCGCGUCUCGAAUCCAGCGCUGAAGGCAUUCCAAAAGAAUGCGGUGCAGUCGUACUUUGAACGGCAGCAACAACAACAGCAGCAUGCCAAAGAACAGGGUCAGUCGCAAAAAAUCUAUCAGCCACUCACUGCGCAUUCCCAGCAUCAGCAUCAGUUAGCGCAUCAGCACCAGCAUUCGCCGCCGCAACAACAACAACAACAGCAUUCGCCACUUUUACGUCCGCAUUCCUACCAGUCGAACAUGAAAGAAUCUGACACACAACAUCAAAUCAUGCGCAGCUCGCUGCCAAACUCCUAUGGCGCGCAGCAUAGCAAUUUGAGUGGCAGCACAUUUCAACAACAGAAAACCUCCGCACAGCAGCUGCCAAUGCGUUUGUGCGCACCACCUCCGCCGCCACCUCCACAGAAGCCCACCAGUGGCGGCCAGGUCGGCAGCAAUGAUGAGCAUGCGACUCUCACACACGCCGUCGGUGCAUCAAGCAGUUACAGCGCGCUGCCAACCAAACCACCCUCUCCCGCUCCACCACCACCGCCACCACGUUCACGCUCACUCAUACCACACACGCUGCUGCGGCGCUCCUCAUCCGCCUCAGAUUAUGCGGAAUUUCGUGAUCAGUACAUGCGUGCCACGCAAGAGAAGCUCGUUGCGCAAUCCGUUAAGAACAUUUCGAGCUCUGAGAAAUCUUCCUUCAAUGAUUGCGGCAUGCCGCCGCCGCCACCGCCACCACGAGCAGCGCGCCCCACUAACCUGCUACCCACGCGUCGCACCUCCUCUGCGGCUGAGUAUGCGGCAGCCAUGCGUGAGAAGGCGUUGCUGCAGCAAGCCGCCGCGCUGGCACAUCAACAACAUCAUCCGCAGCAACAUGCGCGACCACCAAACUAUGUGCAGCAAUACUACAAUCCACCGCUGCCAGCGGCCGCCAUUGAACCCGGUUGGGUGCCUGAAAGACCGCCAAAGAAUCCGAGUUUGCGCGUUCCUUCGCCGGAUCUGCCGCCGCUGCCACCCAGCGCGGACUUGGACACGCAACUCGCGGAUGAACCUUUGCCACCACCGCCGCCUGAGCUGCUGCAACAACAACGUCAACAAUAUCAGCAGCAACAGCAACAACAGCUGCAACAAUACUAUGAUCUGAGUGCGUCGAUGAACGCGAGCUGUGAACUGGUGCCCAAAGCACCCUCACCCAAUCGUCGGAACAGCUUUGCUGGUUCUUCCUCGCGAAAGGCGUAUUUUGGUCGCAGCUGUUCCGAGACGUCACCGACUUCAGCAUCCUUGUUGGCUGGUAAGUUGCCUCCACCACUCAUACCGAAGAAGCCGAACAACAUUGAAGCGUUGCAUGCGUCGAUGCGACAGCAGCAGCAACAGCAACACACACAACAGCUGGCGGCUAACCGUUUGCUGUUGAAUGGUGGUGUGCCACAGCCACAGCAACAUUCGCCUACGCAGGUACCGUCGCUGACAAGCGCGUCAAAUGCGAAGCUGUUAACGAACCGCAAACGACCGCACCACAAUCCCGCGCUGGCUGGUUUUAACGUGCCGCCACCGAUUUUGGAAAAUGUGCAACAGCCGCAGCAGCCAUCAUCACCAGCACCACCGCAGCAGUUGACCAACAGCAGCAAAUCGCCAUCAAAUACGAACGCGCCACUGAAGUCUUCACCACCGCCGCCGCCCUUAAUGCCGCGUUGCAUGCCAACGCAGACGUUAGUGAGUGGCGGCAAUGGCAUCAGCAGCAGCAGCAGCAGCAUCGGCAGUAACAGCAACAAGAGCAGCGUACAAGCAAG